AUGGCGUAUCUACAAACAGCAGGUAAAACUGCCCCACGUUUGGCUGAGGAUAUCCAGUUGUACGAUGCCGUCUACCCUCCUGGCAACGGUCGCAACUUGCUUGCACAGGUCCCUCCAGUAUACCCUGCGAACUACCGUGGACCCCUAGAGUAUAUAUCGCCAGAUGCGUGUCGGCAUAACUAUGUGACAAAGACCGAUCAAACCCACCUUGCUCAGGCCGAUCAGCCCCGCAGACUGGGAAUGUCUAAGGUAUCUGCGAUAUGCUCCAAAUGCCGCCGUCAUCUACAGGUGGUUGUUAACUACACAAAUGGCAUGGGUGCGCCAGGCAAUGGCCCAGCGGGACAUGUCCAUCAUUUCGUAUACAAAUCAGGACGGCAAAGAGGUCCCUGGACAACUGAGGAAGUGAUGGGGACAGGACAGACCGCUGAAACGUUCCAUUACCAAUGUCUACACUAUUCAUGCUCGGCCGUGGUGUCGCUGCGAAUCAUGUCGCCCCUUCUCAAUGAGGAAUUCACCCAAUUGUUGACAAACCCGGACAUAAUUAAAAAGCGAGCUGACGAGGCAUUUGCAUCUCAGCCAGAGCGCCUCGAAGGUGUAGCCGCACCUUUGCCCAUCACUGUUCUGGAUAAUCUACGUCUGUACCUCACCAAUGCACUUCGCCAUGGUGAUCGCAGCAAACCUAUCACCCAAGUGAACAAGCGAUUCAUGGUUUCGUUCGGCAUCAAGGGAGAGCCUUGCAGGGAGCUGCUAGAGUUCUUGGGAUUUUCUCGCAACGAGAACGAUGCUGCCUGGAUCCCUCCUCCAGUAGACGCAAAGGCUGCGUUGCCAUAUCAAGAUGCCUUCUGCAUUUUCCUCGACGAUGCCAUUCUUGAGUUGGUCUGCUUAAUCAAUCAAAGGCCUGCGUCAGAACGGCGUGUAAUUCAGUCUACUCCCCUUCCUCCAUCUGCGAAAAAUGAUAUUCUCAAUGCUUUGGAAGCAUCCGACUGUCUGUAUCACUCUGAUUACUCUAAACUCUUGUGGCUGACUCUUUCAAUAGACCCGAAAUCCAAGCGUGCACACGAGUUUGAAAUGGCACCUGCUCCCUUUUAUGAAGACCUUGGCGCUGUGGAGGACAUGUCUGCUUCGAUGAUUGUAGAUGCAUAUCAGCACCAAGUGCAGGCAGACCCUUCACGAGCUCCGCGUUACUUAAAUUGCCUCAAAGCGAUUGGGACUCUUCGGGGUGGUGAGGAUUGGGAGAUUAUCGACCAAGCCGUUCAAUUCGCCUACUCGGAAGGAAGAUACACCGAUGACGACGUAGUUGAAGCAUAUAGGUACUUUGGGCUUGAGGACCCCAAUCUCACCGAGGAAGCUAUCAUAGGUAAAUUCUACGCGUUCCUUGGUUCAACGAAUCAAGAAACAGAGGUACGGCGCCAGAUGUGGAUAAUCGCCCAGGAUCGUGGAAGUGAGCGCAUCAAAGCAGCCUCAGAAGAUCGCGUUUCUACGGUUGAACAGGCCCAUGUCUUCCUUGGGGUGGAUGAUAAGACUCCAGAUGAUUUUAUCAUCACAAUGUACACUGCAAAGGUCAACGACAACCCCCCUGCAAAGAUUUGGCAGAUAAAGCAGUACAACUUAUCGCGGAGUCUCGCAAGUCCGACGGUCUAA